AUGACUCUUGUGUUCUCUAUUGGCAUUCUCUCGCUUCUGCAUGCUCUUCUUCGUUCCACUCAUUCUCAAUUUUUGUUAGCUGAUGUUACAGGAAAGCAUAGGUGGAUCAGUGCUAACAAUGAAGUCAUAUAUUUUGGUUCAGCUUUUGAGGUGAGUAUUCUUGUUCUCAAUGUUAUCAUCGACACUAAUUUCUCUGCUUUGGAAGAUUUCAAGGGACAUCCUCAUAGUAUAAGAGAAGACCUUAUUAAGGGGUUUGUUAGGAUCUGUUUGUUGAUCAGGAUUCACUUAUAUUGUAUUCAAGGAGGAACUAAGGGCCUCAAUACAGCUUUAUCUUUGUCUAAUGCCAUCUCUAGCGUAUCAGUGACGGUGUUUGGCGAGUUGUGGAAAUUGGAACCAUUACCUGAAGAACGUAAGAGCAAAUGGCAAAGAGAAAUGGACUGGCUGCUGUCUCCUACAAACUAUAUGGUUGAGUUGGUUCCUGCAAAGCAAAAUGCUGCCAAUGGUGGAAUCUUUGAGAUAAUGACCCCAAAAGCUCGUUCUGAUGUCCACAUGAAUCUUCCAGCACUUCAGAAAUUGGACUAUAUGCUUAUUGAGACACUAGAAUCCAUGGUGAAUACUGAGUUCUGGUAUGAAGAGGGAGGAAGCCAGGCAGAAAGGAGGAGCAUGAGUGUAAGACAAAGCAAAAGAUGGUGGUUGCCCUCACCCCAAGUACCAAGUACUAGGCUUUCGAAAACUGAAUGAAAGAGGUUGAUUCGUCGGGGAAGAGUGGUACACCAAAUAUUCAAGGCUGCCAAAUUGAUAAAUGAUAUUAUUUUGCUUGAAAUUCCUGUGCCAACAAUUAUUAAAGAUGCACUUCUAAAGGCUGGAAAGGCAAGCCUGGGAGAGGAAUUGUACAUGGUUUUGACAGCUGAAUCAAGUAGUGGAGAAGGGGCAGAGGAAUUGUACAUGGUUUUGACAGCUCAAGAAAUAGUCAAUACAUUAUAUUGUAUUCACUUAUAUUGCUGCAAGGCCCGUAGCAAACCCAAUACAUUGACAAAUAUGAAUCAUUGGAAUGCUAUUUUUGUAGUCAAUACAUUGACAAAUAUGCUUGGUUUGUAGUCUAAUUAUUUACAUCUUUUAGGCCGUCAGUGUGGCUGUUUUUUGCAGAAGAGGCAGAAGCAGAAGAAGCUAGAAAUGCUGGAGCUAAUAUAGUUGGUGGCAAAGAACUUAUUGAGGAGAUUUUUAGUGGUAAUAGAAUUUAUAGCUGCAUAGAAAUAGUUUGACCAACCACACCCAAGUCAGAAGCAGCAAAGAUCAAUACCUAUCUCCGAUCAUCACUUCCAUCCUCAGGUUUAUAUACUUGAAAUACUUUUUUGUUUUCCAUCUUCAUUGUAAUAGAAAUUCCUAAAUACUCUUGUUCUAGCUUUAAAAGCUACUGCGACAGCUAGCGUAAAUAUUAAGACUUAUUAACUGCA